UUUCCGUAAACACAUGACGUAGCUGGCUGACAUUUCUAGCAUCGCCCAGGGUUUUCGGAAGACAAUAUAUUCAUGUUUGUUUUUUUCAGCACAUGUACUGUUUACUUGGUUCUUUUUGGAUCAACGCAAGCAGACGAGAACAGCUGUGGUUUGUCCAUGACAUGGCUGGAGACUGUAUCAGUAACGAUGGAUGUCAGCAAAAAUGGUUUUCACAGAGACCUGGUCACCACAGUUGACUUCGGUCCUGGUUUUCCAGAUGGCCUCGAGGCUCUGCUGGUUCACAGACUACCCAGUGGGAUCUAUAUUGAUCAAUACCAACUUGCAUCUCUGAAAGAGGACACUGGUUUACAGGUGCUUUUGGGUUCAGCGGUUGACUUGGAGGCUCCAGCACACACAUCUGAGGAAUUUCUUGUUCUUGUGUAUCUUGCUCUGGACCAAGGAAUUCUCAAAGCAACACUCCCUAUCCAUGGCCGUUAUCACAAGCCCUCUCUUGCAGGGAAGAGAUUUGAACUUGUUGAAAUUAAACUUCCAAAGCUAAUACUCAGGACAGAUACAUGUACACAGCUCAUUUCAUUCCCUCCUUACAAAAUGGUGGACGCACCCUGCACUGUCCACAACUUAAGCAUAUGCCAAUGGCUUGAGAUCCAACAUCUACAGGAGCAGGAUCCUGUGAGUUUGGAGAUACCACUUGGUGAUGGGUCUCUGGUGGAGCCUGUGUGUGCUGGAACUCUGCUUGUCACGCUGCUGUGCUGUGUCAUCCUUUCAAGAAGUAUCUGGAUGCAUGGUGUUUUUUUAGACAAUGUUAUACCGAUUUAAUAAUGUACUGUACAGUAAGAAAUCCCCAGGGAUUAAUUUGCAACUAGACUAUUUAGCUUUUUUCCCCAAUGACUUUUUAAAACAUUAAAUAAUUGGCACACUGCUUCCAUAUG